CAUACUCUGCACGUAUCGUUGACCUGUGCCUUUCAUUUAUUGUCAUCCUAAACUUAACAACCGCUACCCUCUUUAUCAAUCACGAUGCAGUUCAAUAUCCUCUGCGUCUUGGCCCUCCUUGUCGCCUUCGUGGCCUCCGCGGCUGUUCCUGAGGUCGCUCCUGAUGUCACCAGCACUUAUGAAACCUGGUUCGAUGUUGAAGACUUCGAUGUGACUGAUUUCAAAUUUGCUACUCGCGAUGAAGACGAGUCCAAUUCUGGGUUGGCCAAUGAAGAUGGCGACGAAACCAUGGAAAUCCAGGACAGAAGAUGUCAUCGUCGUUGCCGCGUUGACUCUCAUUGCUGCCAUACUGAUCAAUGCGCGCUGGGCUCCUGCAUGGGGCCUGGAAGGUGGCCUUAAGUGUGAUGCAUGCAUCCUGUCGACAAUAUGCUUGGCGAUGUUCUGAUUUUUGCUCAGUUAUCUGGUGCAUAUCAUGAGUUUGUGCUUGAUAUAUGGUGGUGAAGAAGCAAGCUCUAGGCACUCGACAUGGUUGUUUUCAUCUCGGUGGUGUUGUGUUUUCUCUUCAUAUUUGCCAAUCUUUCUCAGCUUAGUUCAUGAUACUGAGUGGC